AUGAUCAGCGAACGAUCGACACAACCACGUGAUCGUUAUAUAUAUUUCCAUGUUCAAAACACAGAACACGCUGGAAUAUCACAGGUUCUACCUGGAUUAUACUUGAGCGGAAUUUGUGCAUUGCAACCAGCAACUAUUCAAGAACAUGGCAUCACAAUGAUUGUUAAUGCAACUAGUGAAGUGCCUAACAUACUUUCGCUUGACAGAAUCGUAUGGAUGAAGUUAUGGAUGAAGAAUGGACAUCGACCAUGGCCUGUAUCGUACAUGGAAUCUAUAUGCCAAAAUAAAGAGCGCAUAGAAACUAAUCAAAUAAAACAGUUAGUAUUGAAGAUUCUGACAGCACUUUCUCGAGGUGAUAAAGUAUUGAUUCAUUCUGUCCAAGGAACAUCGCGCUGUGCUACAGUAUGCCUUGCACUGCUAACAAAAUCUCAGUUUAAAACAUUACGUGAUGCAUACAAGUACUUGGCUUCAGUACGACCAAAAGUUGAACCGGACAUUUUCUUCUGGCGACAACUAAUAUCUUUCGAACAAAAAAUUAAACGAAAUAACGGAUCAGUGAAAAUCGUACGUGAUGAACGUGAUACUUCAUUACUUCUUCCCGAUGUUUAUCGCGAAUUCGCCUUACAACGUGAAGGAAAUUUAAAUAACAAUAAAGUGGAAAGAAAAAGUAUUGAAAGAGGAAAUCAUUGCUGUAAGCAGAAAAUAACGGACCGUGAAAUAAUAAUAGAUGAAGAAAAGGGUGUGAAGAGAAAAGUGCCAAAUCAACUCGAGAAGACAAGAAGUGUAAGUUGUGCAGACGUCGAUGAAGUGAUUAUUGGAGUUGAGUCAGUGGCAGUUACGGGUAGGAGAUCACGUUUGUAUAGACGGAAAAUGUCUUGGGGCAAGAAGUUCCGACCAGUUUUAGAACCUCUCAUUGAAGUUCUCUAA